AUGCCUUACGUCGGUUCCAUCGUUAUCCUGCUAGCUCUGAUUGCCUGGGCUGGCGGUCGAAUGAUCCAUCAACCACCUAACAUCACAUCGGAGAAAAUCAAGCCGCUCCAGACGGAGCUCCGCGCCAGUGCUCUGUGCGAUCCCAGUGUUAAGCAAGUACACGGUUACCUUAAUGGCAAUUCUGGAAGAAGGCUAUUCUUUUGGUUCUUUGAAUCUCGCUCCGACCCAGUUCGAGACCCCGUCAUUCUCUGGCUCAACGGGGGGCCCAACCAGGGCAGGCCGAGCCGACCGGUUGGCUGCAGCAGCAUGUUAGGACUCUUCACAGAGAAUGGACCUUGCAGAGUAAAUGAAUACGGGAAUGGCACUACACUCAACCGAUAUUCUUGGAAUACGCGAGCCAACCUCCUUUAUGUUGAUCAACCUGCGGGAACAGGAUUCUCAACUGGACCGCAAGUGACCAAUGGUUCAUUUGAAGCUGCCGAAGACUUGUACAUGGCCCUACAGGAAUUCUUCGCUGAAUAUACCCAGUAUGGAGGCAAAGAUUUCUACAUCACCGGGGAGUCAUAUGCUGGUAACCGUGACAGAUUACCGGAAUAUCAUCCUAACUACUCAGGUCACUACAUACCUGCCAUAGCUCAUAAAAUAUGGCAUUUGCCUUGCAGUCUGGCUAUGGAUUGCGAGUCUCGGCCAGUCUGGGAUUUAAUUCUGAAAAGCAUCGACAA